CGCAAUAUAUAUACGUCAACAUCGCUUUAGUAAGUCGCCAUAUCCGACGCACGUUGCUCGUUGUUUAGCAAUUAGCAGUUAGCAGGGGUAAUCUGCACAUCUUCACAUGGCGAAUGGAUGCAAAGACGUGUUGUUUACUCGCGGGGCUGGACAGAGUGAUGAUUCGGAUAUAUGGGAUGACACUGCAUUGAUAAAGGCAUAUGACAAGGCUGUUGCAUCGUUCAAGACUGCCCUUAAGAGUGAAGAUGAGCCACAUGCUUCCAAGAAAAACCAACCAGGAAAAAAACGGAAGAACAACAAAAAGAACCAGAGCAGGAAAAGAAACAAUGCACCACCAGAUAAAGAGUGGCAGGUUGGGGACUCAUGCACUGCAUACUGGUCAGAGGAUGGCCAGCUCUAUGCAGCCACUAUCUCCUCCAUAGACGAGAAGAGGGGCACAUGUAUAGUGGUUUACACCGGAUAUGGCAACGAGGAGAAGCACAAUCUUGAAGACUUGCUUUCCGAAAUUUCUGAGGGCGAUGAGGAAACAAAUACCAAGGUAAAGGAGGCAGAAUCGUCAACAGAGGAGAGUGACCGGUCAACCACACCAAACCAACACAAACAGCCACACUGUAAACUCCAAAAGUCCAAGACCCACAAAGAACCUCCCCCUAUGCGUGGUCCUGGCUUCCCUGGGUUUCCUCCAGGCCCACCUCCCAUGCAUGCUUUCAGACAGGGGGGAAACAGACGACCUGGUGGCCACGGUCCUGUACCUCCUUCCUGGCCUCCCAUGAUGCCUUUUGGUCCACCAAUGAUCCCUCCACCUCCACCGAUGAGCCCCGACAUGGUGGAUGAUGAGGCCUUGGGCAGCGUGCUCAUCUCCUGGUACAUGAGUGGAUAUCACACAGGAUACUACUUGGGGUUGAAACAAGGACGCAAAGAAGCUGCCAACUGGACAAACCUGCACCACAAAUGAAAUGGUCAACUCAAGAUUUCAGUUACUCAGGGCAGCAGGCACCCUCCCUGUGCCUGAUGUGUGUCUUCUUCAAUUCAGAAGGAAGUGUUAUUAAUGAAAUGUACAUGGUGAGAACAGUGAAAACAUUCAUCCGAGUUCAAGGAGUUUUGUAUUCUUUGUAAAUAGAUUAAAAUAAAGGCUAUCAGCACACUGAA